GCCACCCUCGCACACCUUUCUUUCUCGGUUCCUCCACUCGCUCUCCGAAGAAGACGAAGAAUGCUCUUCACAAUGGACUUACGGCCGAGUUGAGAUGGUCCCAUUUAUGUCUUUCUACUCGGAUGCUGUUUAGCGUCGCGUCUCCUCCGGUGUUCGCAUCAUGGCAACCAUCGGGGAAUUCGACCCACUCCACACGAGAGUCCCCGCAACUAAAAUAGAAGUUACCGUCUCGUGCCGGAGUCUUCUGGAUGUGGACACAUUCUCCAAGUCUGAUCCUGUGGUGGUUCUCUAUUUGCAGGCAAUAGGAAACAAAGAGUGGAGGGAGUCCGGCCGGACAGAGGUGAUCGAUAACACCCGGAACCCGGAUUUUGUCAGAAAGUUUGUCUUGGAUUUCUUCUUUGAAGAAAAGCAAAAUCUAAGGUUUGAUGUGUACAAUGUGGACUCCAGAAGCUGCAACAUUUCCAAACACAAGGAUUUUUUGGGCCAGACGUUUUGCACCCUUGGAGAAAUCAUUGGUUCCACGGGAGGGCGGCUGGAGAAAACUCUUUCUGGAAUUCCAGGGAAGAAGUGCGGGGUCAUUAUCUUAACUGCUGAGGAGCUCAGCAACUGCAGGGAUAUUGCGACUAUGCAGUUGUGUGCCAACAAGUUGGAUAAGAAAGACUUUUUUGGCAAGUCAGACCCCUUCCUGGUUUUCUACCGCAGCAAUGAAGAUGGAACAUUCACCAUCUGCCAUAAAACGGAGGUGAUCAAGAACACGUUGAACCCGGUUUGGCAGCCCUUCACCAUCCCCGUUCGAGCUCUUUGCAACGGCGACUAUGACAGGACUGUAAAAAUAGACGUCUAUGACUGGGAUCGAGAUGGAAGCCACGACUUCAUUGGCGAGUUCACCACCAGCUACAGAGAACUGUCUCGCGGACAGAACCAGUUCAACGUCUAUGAGGUUUUGAAUCCCAAGAAGAAGGGCAAAAAGAAGAAGUAUGUCAAUUCAGGAACUGUAACUCUGCUGUCCUUCAAAGUGGAGUCCGAGUACACCUUUGUGGAUUUCAUCCGAGGAGGGACGCAGCUGAACUUCACUGUUGCCAUAGACUUUACAGCAUCAAAUGGUAAUCCAUCCCAGCCCACCUCACUCCACUAUAUGAGCCCGUACCAGAUGAAUGCAUAUGCCAUGGCCCUGAAAGCGGUGGGUGAGAUUAUCCAAGACUAUGACAGUGACAAGCUCUUUCCUGCCUAUGGCUUUGGCGCUAAGCUGCCCCCUGAUGGCAAAAUCUCCCACGCAUUCCCACUGGGUGGCAACAGUGAUAAUCCAAACUGCGUCGGCAUUGACGGAGUCAUGGAGGCCUACUUCCAAAGCCUCCGAACAGUGCAGCUAUAUGGACCGACCAACUUUGCGCCUGUUAUCAACAAAGUUGCAAACUGUGCGUCAGAGAUAACAGAUGGCUCGCAGUACUUUGUCCUGUUGAUGAUCACAGAUGGAGUCAUAUCUGACAUGGUCCAAACCAAAGAGGCCGUGGUCAAUGCAGCAUCACUCCCGCUGUCUAUAAUCAUCGUAGGUGUUGGGCCCGCUGAGUUUGAUGCAAUGGAAGAGCUGGAUGGAGAUGAGGUGAGAGUAUCCUCCAGAGGGCGCCUCGCUGAGAGAGACAUUGUCCAGUUUGUUCCAUUCCGAGACUACGUGGACCGAUCCGGAAACCAAGUCCUCAGCAUGGCGCGGCUGGCAAAGGACGUCCUCGCCGAGAUCCCCGACCAACUGUUGUCCUUCAUGAAAAGUCGAGGAAUCGAACCGCGGCCGGGAAUCUCUUCCUCGCCACUUCCGUAACUGCGCCAAGUCAUCCCACUCGCCCCCCCCCUCCCAUAACCGAAAUUCUCUUCUCCUUUUUGACUCAUCUCCACGACCAACAAGUGAAGCCACUUUGGUUCUGUGCAGUGAACAAAAGUCUCAUCUCUUCUCGCCGCCAGUCAAGUAAAAGCGCGGCAAAGCGCUGACACCAACCGCGUCCUCGCUUCAUUUGCACUUCAAAGCUAAAAUAAACAGCAACCUCGCUUUGUAUUGAUUUCUCAACAGAAAUCAGAUUAUCGAUGUAAAAUAAAGCUGCCAUGGGGCAGUGAUGGUCUUGGCAUUGCCUUAAAGCGCUGCUUACGUCCGAGCACUCGAGGGCAAAUUUCUCGGGUUUUCAAUAAUAUACUGCAACAUAUUAAUUUGCCUAGUGCUCUGUUCCUCGGUUCAUUUCUUUCUUUGGUCUGUUGAUUUUUUUUUGGGGGGGGUGGGGGGUUACAAGUUCUAAUUUUACAACAUUGAAAACUCACUUUUAUUAAUACUCACUUGAAUAGAAUUAGUAAACUGUUGCCUGGCAUGUACGUACAUCCAGUUGUAUCUUCGUUCAGAUCACGCAACACUUUCACACACAACUACACGCGCGCAAUUCGUUUUGCCACACCCGCCCAUCUUUUCACUGCGUGAAGUGAGGCUGGGUGCAGAUUUGCCCUCCCGCUGUGAGAGAAAUGCCAGUCUCCCUCGCUGGCUGCCCUGCAGAGAGGAGGAAGAGGCGGAAAAAGAGGGAGCAAAGAAAUGAAGAGUGAGGCACGCGCACAUGAGCGAGCAAGGAAGUGCGGAGCCGAGUGAGGAGGACAAAAGGAAGAUCCGGAGACUUUUAACGUGAUGCAUGAAAUGAAGAUGGAGGAUGGCGGGUGAUGUAAAAUGGUAGACGACAAUGAGAUUCACAAAAAGGCACAUAUUUCACUUUCUGAUGAGCAUUGUAUGCAUUAUUGUGGAGAAGAAGCUCGUUGAUGGACAAAUGCACAUACUUUGAAAAGCAAUAGACUUGACUUUGAGUGGAGGAUUGCCCUCUGCAUGCCUCCCUCCCACCUUCCCCCGCUAUUUAUUUCCUCGCCCCGCCACGACUUUGCUGGUUGUCAGAAACUGAGCCGUGAACAAAUGUCGCCCUCUUGUGGCCAUCACUUGUACAGACAACCUAUCUGUAUUAUGCAUGAAAACCACGAUGAUCAUUAUACACGGUCGUCUUUAUAAUAGUGAUGAAAUGACUUUACAAUUCAGUCUAAUUCAUCCGGCAGGUGUAUUUUUUUAAUAUGUAUUUUUCUUUCGCGUGGAGAUGGUGGCUUAAGAGAAUGCUGUAAACAUUUGUGCAAGUUUGUGGAUCAGUUUUAUGGCCUUGUAUUCUGACAAUAGAUGAUGUUGUCCUCGAGUCCCUUGCAUGUUGGGGAAUUCACGUGUAAGUGUUCCAAUUAGUCUGAUCACUGCUAUUCAAUAGAUUAGUGAUAUACUAAGCGGCCACAACAUUCGGUACACUUUUACAGAGCUCCAGUACAACUGCUGUUCUGAAAAAAAAAAGAAUGAUUUUUUUACAAUGACCAUAAUGCUCAGUUUUAUAAAGCUUGAUUUUUGUGGUUGGCCAUCGUGUAGAAGUGCACUGAGAUAUUUUGGUCGUAAUACUCUCUAGUUGAACUCAAAAUGAGAAACAGCGGUGGCGUACUUAAUUCUGUGGCUGUUGGUGCACGUCAGAAAAACCGGAAUUUUACUCGUCGAUCAAGUGCUGUGUGCAUUGUCUAGCAAAGACCAAGCAAACCUGUCAUUUGGAUCAUUUGUCAUACUCUACACUUAUAUAUAUAUAAUAUUUUCAAAGCUCAGCAAGACACUAGCUCAUUGAGUUAAGUAUUCACACUGAGAGCGCUUGAAGCCUGUGGUCUUUAUUUAACAAUCGAUUAUUUUUAUCUGUCUCUCAUCACUGGCUUAUGCAUGUAUAGACAUGUCCAUGCAUAGCUGUGCAGAAAAUAAGUUUUCAUUCGUUAUGUGGUUUAAAAAAUAUAUAUAUAUACCAAAAAUAAAAUCUGGUUUCACACUAGACGCUUGCUAGCAAUACAGCAAACUUUUAUAAUCUGUGUGAUGCUGCGUCUAUGUUGUAUUUUGGUGUAAUAAAUGUUUGAACUGCUUA